AUGGAAUCUGAACCGCUUCCGGAGUCGAUUGAACUUCUAGAAGGACUCAUAGAAGAUCACAAGGAGCUGAUGGAGCACACGCAGAAGAGACAGAACGAAGUCGACAGGGUCUGCAAGGCUUACCAGGUGAAGAGUCAAAGUCAAGGUCGUGAGACCACAACACGCAAGGUGUCAGCCAAGAGCGCGACGAAAGGAACACCUGGGUAUGCAAUUUUAUACCUUACUAGCAAACGUAUAAGGUUGAAUUUAGUUUGCUUUGAUUUUUGUUUUUUAAAUUCAUUUGUCAUUAUGCCUUUUAGUUGUACACUUGACACUUGACUCGUGUCAAAAUCUGUCAAACUGCAGCUUGUCACGUUUCGUGUUGUCGUAUUUGGGAUAGAUGAGUAUAGACUUACAAGGAUCAUAUGGCAGUUGGAAAUUUU